AUGACCACUGCCCCCUCGGGAGAAGCCGGCAUCCCCACGCACAGUGACGGCAGAUGGCCCGUGGCUAGCGGUGCAGCGUCAACUGAACAGCAGGACGUAGAUCCGGCCUCCAUCAAGCCAGCCGCCUCCAAGGCCACGGCAGCGUCUGGGGAUGAGAACCAGCGUGAAGAUGAAGCUGAUGCAGGGCACAGGCAGGAGCCCAAGGAGGCCAUGGCCCAGCUGGCCCACCCGGCCCCGGAUGCCCUGCAAACGUCCUUGAGUCUCCAGAACCUAGUGUGGGCUGGGCCGGAAGAGACACCACAAAGAGCAGGUGUCCCAGACAGGGAGCAAGACUUAGACCCAUCUACCCCUAGGGCUGAAGCACAGUUCCCCCGAAAUGUGCCUGCAGAUGCAGACAGCCAGCUUGACACCAUUGAAGCUGCUGAGAAAUCUGAGGGUCCGGAGGCCGUGAACCCUGACACUGAAGCUUUGCCAUCGGCUGAGUCCCAGGCAGUGACCGAGGGGGGUCUGAUAGACUGACUGCUCAGAGACCUGCAGGCUCCACCGGUCCCUCCCUCCCCAGGAAGCAGUGUGUCCUGCUUGCCAGGCGCCCCCACGGCGGCCCUGGGGAGAAGGCCUCUGGACUCCAGUCUGUACAUAGCCUGCCAGGAGAACUCCUACAUGCGCUCCAUGACCAGCUUGCUGGGAGGGGCCGAGGGGUCCAUCAGCUCCCUGGCAGACAUCCUGGUCUGGUCUGAGGCCACCGUGAGCAUGGCCACUGGCCUCCUGGCCUCGGGACACAGCUCCGUGACAGACCUGCCAGGGCCCAGCCUCUGCUCGGUCUCCAGCAUCUGCUCGGUCUCCAGCAUCCUGGGGAACGCUAGGUCGGCCUUCUCCUCCGGGCUGGUAGCUGGGACCCGCUCGGUCCUUCGCUCUGUCAAUCGCAUGCUGGAGAGGAUGGAGCCGAGGACUGUAGAAAGCAUCCGCUCAGCCGUGUGUUACAUGACCAGCCAACUCACCUCUCUCUGGUCCCAACCAUGA